UGAGAUUAGUAACUGAGCGCUCGAUCGCGCGUGGUUUCCAAGCAUACCUCCGCGUCGUCCUUGAUGUUCGGCGGGUGAGGAAUGAAUCCGACCGGCUUGCGCUUGAACAAGACCUUGAAUGUGUUAGUGUUGUCCUUUUCCCUCUGUGUAUGUUCCUGCGCGCGCUUGAAGUGUUCGAGUUGGUUGAUGGAUUGAGCGUCGCGGCGAUUUCGCGCGUCGGUGGUGGCAGAAUUGGCACAGCUCGUGCAAACGCGCGUGGUUGA